AUGCCGGCUCUUGAUCGGGCCACAGCGCCCGUCCAACAGCAUCAGUGGGUGUGGGCGGGCGUACUCUCAGCGGCCGGUUUGAUGACAAUUGUGCUUGUGGCUGGAUUGCUUUUGAUGAAACGUCGCCGCUCCUCUCAGCACACCUAUCCAUCACUUCUUCUCCCACCAAAACAGGCGGUCGCUGUGAAGAAUGUCAAUCCAAAAGUAGUUCAAAGUGCGGCCGGUCUACGUCAAGUGAUUUCACCUGUUCAAUCGCCACUCUCCACCGACAGCACUCCAUCACCAAUCACUCCAUUUCACUCAUUGCUUGAGGAAAGAACCCGUAAACUCUCACCAGGUGAAUUACCCGAACAUCGCGGUAAAAUCGAUUUUGAGCUAGCCUAUGACCCGUGCUCGUACAGUCUUCAGGUGACGGUGGUCGGUUGUGCGGAUCUUUGCGAAGUGGAACUCUCGCGUGACGGUCAAUGCUUGCUCGAUCCUUACGUGAAAAUUCAGCUUCUACCCGAUAAAGAGCACCGCGUAAAAACCAGAAUCGUACGCUCAACGACAAAUCCAAUCUACGAGGAGCAGUUCACUUUGUAUGGUGUCGGUCCAGAACAAAUCAACAACGCCGCUUUGUACUUCCAGGUCGUCGCUUUCGAUCGCUAUUCCCGGGAUACGGUGAUCGGUGAGGGUGUCUACCGUUUGGAGGAUUCCGAUCUAACAAACCAGAACAAUGUCAAGUUGAGCGUCGAUUUGCGCGGUGAAGUCGGAAGCGAAUCGGGAGAGGUUUUGGUCUCUCUCACCUAUCAACCAGCUUUCAACAACCUCACCGCCGUCAUUCUCAAGGCACGUGCACUGCCCAUCCGUGCAAAUCAUCAUAUUGAUCCCUACGUGAAGUUGUAUCUACGAAAGGAGAAUGGCGAGCGUUUGGUGAAAAAAAAGACACAUGUCAAGCGCGGAAAUCAACAUCCCGUCUACAAUGAGUCAUUCGUUUUGGAGUUACCCGAGGACAAACUCGACACGGCACUUAUCGAUUUGCAGGUUGUGAACCACGAUCGGAACAACCGAAAUGACGUCAUCGGUCGGGCUCUCCUCAAUCGAGACGAUCCACAUGUGCAAGAGGUUUUGGCCAAUCCUGGUCGCCAAGUCUCGAAAUGGCAUCAUUUGGAG